AUGUCUGACUACAACUACGAUGAGGGCGGGCAAUUCUUCCCGUUCUUUAUGCUGACCAUGGCCGGCCUGGUCACAGUCCCUCUCACCUACAACGUCCUCAAACCCUCGACAGACCUCGAACAGACGGCCUCCCGCAUAAAAUCAGACUUCCGACCCAAAAAUGUCGACCUUAUCGAGGCGCAGAGGAAGCGGCGGAAAAGACAAACCCGCAAGACGAAGAGACUCAUAGCCGUGGUGUUGGGCUACGCCUUCAUGGCCUAUAUGAUCUAUCUGAUUGCUGUCACUCAGAGGACAAUGCCGAAGAUGUGGGAUCCGUAUGAUAUCCUCGGGGUAUCGAGGAGUGCCUCGGAGAGGGACAUCGACAAGUUCUACAGGAAACUCUCUCUCAAAUACCACCCCGACAAAGCAAAGCCCGACACUUCAAAGAACGAAACUAUCGACGACGUGAACAGCCGCUGGAUCGAAAUGACAAAAGCCUACAAAGCGUUGACGGACGAAGACAUCAGGAACAACUAUCUGCUGUAUGGAAACCCUGAUGGAAGACAGUCGACCAGCAUUGGCAUCGCGCUACCCAAGUGGAUGGUCGAGGAAGGCAACCGCUGGUUCGUCGUUGCCUUUUACGGUAUCCUGCUUGGAAUCCUCCUCCCUUACACGCUCGGGAAAUGGUGGUACGGCACACAAGCUCUCACAAAAGACAAAGUCCUUCACGCCAGUGCAGGCAACCUGUUCCGCGAAUGGAAGGAAGACAUCUCUGAGGGCGGUGUCGUGGCGGCCACCAGCGUGGGUCAGGAAUUUACAGAGACCCUCAAGGGAGCAAGGAGUGAUGCCGGAGCCGCCAAAGUCGAAAGCAAAGUGCUCAAUAGCACCGUCCUGACAGAAGCAGACAAACUCCGCCUAAAGAGCAUCGACGACCCCGUGCGCCGGAAAACCCUUGCCCUACUAUGGGCCUACCUUGCACGCAUCGAUCUCGAAGACCCUGAGCUCGAAAAGGAGAAAUACGACGUCGCUCCCACGGCCCUGCUCCUCAACAACUCCUUCACAUCCAUAACGCUUCCCUUCGGGGCAGUAAAGCCCCUCCUAGCAUCCUACCACACCUCGCAGAAUAUCAUUCAAGCCGUCCCACCCAACGGUUCAGCGAUACUGCAACUCCCCAACUUCACGCCCGAAAUCGUCGACAAAAUCUCAAAAUCCUCCAAGCGUGCGCCCCUCACUUUCUCAAAAUUCAUGCAGCUGCCGCCCUCUACACGUCGCAGUCUAUGCUCAGAUCUCUCUGACGCGCAAUACAACCAGGCCAUGGGUGUUGCGUCGCAGAUCCCACGCCUCGUUGUUGCCAAAGCGUUUUUCAAAGUCGUCGGCGAACGUGUCGUUACCCCCGGCAGUCUCGUCCAACUGGUGAUCAAAGCCCGCGUCAUCCCACCAGGAACGCCCGCGAGUGAAAUACCCCCAAUCAACCCCCUCGACCUGGAAGACAUCGACCCCGACGAAGGCGACCUGGACGCCCUGCACGGUCGUAAGCCCGCGAAGAACAAGCGCCGCAAAUUGCCGGAUGGAAGCUACGUCGACGACGACGCGAAAGACGGCUCCGUCCAGCCUCCGCUGGCGCACGCUCCAUAUUUCGCAGCAGAGCACGCCCCGCGGUGGCACGUCUUCCUGGCUGAAAGCCGCAUGGACCGGAUCUCCGUCCCACCCUUUACAUUCACGUCCCUCAACCGUCCCAUCUUCACGACCGACCCGGCUACCGGGAGCGUGAAGCCCACAUUCAACGUCGUGACGUUGAAAUGCUCGUUCCAAGCACCCCCGCAGAUCCACGCCUUUCCGUUUGCCAUGCACUUGGUCUGCGACUCAUAUAUUGGUCUGGACGAAAAAGUCGACGUCGUCCUCGACGUGCGCGAUCCCAAGGAAGCAGAGCUGGUGGAGAGUGACGAGGAGAUCAGUGAGCCCGAUGAAGAUUCUCUGGCCGGCCAGUUCCAGGCAAUGAAAAGCGGCGGCAUGUCCGGAUCGCCUACGACGAAGCGCAAGCCCAAGAAGCGGACUCGCGCUCUCUCGCAUGCCGAGGCGCAGGACGGCAAGGGCGGCGUCCCCGUCGCCGUGGCAGGCAACGUCCUCGAGGAAAGCGACGACGAGAGCGACACCGAGGGAGACGACGACGACAGUGAUUCCUCAGAGACGGAUACCGAGACCGAGGACGAAGAUGCGUGA